UUCUGUAUGUUAAGCAGYUCAUCUGUGGCGAACAUGGACAAUUCAAGACCUUGAACUGUUUCUCUGGAGGUUACUACAUCUUGCCACCAAAGAUUUUUCAGGUUCCUUCUCAACUCUGCACCAAGAGGACCAUAUUCAAAGAAAGAACGUUCUGUUGUUUCGACAGUACGCUCGAUAAGAAACUUAUGUCGAUAACAUAACGCGGCUAGUUUCUUUAGGAGCGCUCACUUCGAACAGAGCUUCUUGUUAUCGAUCAAAAACAUGGACGUCAAAGUCGCUCUAGCGGCUAUAGAACAGAACGGAAAUAAGCCUGAAGACUGGAUCGAUUUUAUUAGAAAAUCCAAGAAGAAGUCCCCGAAGUAUGAAGAUCUACUUUGUCUGUACGAAAAAGCCACAAGUGCUAUCUCUCCCGACGAACAUCGWAAAAAUGUUUGCUAUGCAAGGCUGUUGGUCGAGUAUGCAAAAUUACAAGGAAUGAGCAGUGCUGAAGACGCCAGAGAACUAUUUCGUAUAGCUAGAUGCAAUGUCAAGAGAUUUGCUAUUGUCUAYAUUGCAUGGGCACAGUUUGAGCUUGAUAAGGGAAAUCGGGAUAAGUGCAGGAACCACUUGCGCAAAGGYAAGACAAACAUGGCAGAACCUUCYGACAUCUUGAAUCAGGCACUCAUAAGUUGUGAUCAAGGCAAUGACAGGCUGCUAGAYGAUGAAACAGAGGAAUUGAUCUUUACUGGGACUGUGACRCGAACAGUUAKAUCUAGACCAUCUAUCCCUCUAACAACUGUGAUGAGCGACAAUGAAAUGACAACUGAAAAAUUGAUAGGUGAAGAUAACACCACUGAUAUGCCUUCUUCAAAAGCUGACACUGGAGUCGUAUCAUUUAAACUUCCACAAACCCUAGAUGAGCCUUCAAAGCAAAGACKGAAUCGYAUCAGUAGCAGCAGUAGUGGUGAAGAUACCGUCACUGCACCUUUUCAUCACAUUGUAAAGCCAAACCGAAGCAUGACAACAACUAAACCAUCAUUAAAAGCAACUCCUGACUGCAGAACAGUUGGAAGUAAAAGCCUCUMAAACAGCAUGAAUUUGUCAGUCAGGAAGCCCAGCUCUAGGUUAGGGAUUGGUAAAAGCUUUAUGCUCAUGGGACCACCAGUGAGAGGAAAACCUGUACAAUCACUUGAAGAAGAAAAGGAUGAAGAUAUCAUGGAUAGUUUCAAGCCCAUUGAACAUACAACAUGUAUCACAACAGAAAAUUCUUCACAAAAUUCAAACUGUCCAGAUAAAACAGCUACAACAACAAGUCAAAAUGAAACACCAAACUCUAAAACAGAAGACAUAAAGCAGGAAUUGUUUGGUAAUAGCACUUUGUCAGURGUUGUGGAGAAUGAAAUUCAUUCUGAAAAUCCYGAACAUUUAAACAUAGAGCAGAAAAAUACAAAUAGCAUURAUUCACUUGGGUGCAGGAAGCCUUUCUCUGAUAUUUCAAUGAAAAACAAUAUUCAUGAUAAAUCGAAGGCUGUGGACACUAACUUGAAUAUUUCUCACCAUAAACCAUCCUUGGGUUUGGCUGAAAACUUAGAGCAAAUCUCCAUUGAAAAACAAGUCCCAAAGAUUCCAUGUACUCCAAUGCAAGAGAAAAWUUGGAAGUCAAAUGMAGGAAGCACUGCUGACAAAGAUUAUCAGGCUAGAAAGAGUGAAAACRACAGCCUAAAUUCCCAAGAAAAUUUAAAACAAAAACAACCAAACUGUUGUGGACAAAUGGCUGGAAAUGACUUUCACAUUGGCAAACCAGUCAAUCAAGUUUGUCCUCCUGUUUCAGUUGCAACCAAAGGUGCUUCAGGCAGACAAAUGGCUGAAAAUGACUUUCAUACUGACAAACCAGUCAAUNUAAUUUUUACUUCAGUAUUUAAUCCAUAG